AUGGGGAGAUUGUGUCGAGCAGCAAGAUGUCUUAAGCUCCAACAUCUUUCUAUUCACACACAAGAACAGGAAAAGAGACGAAAACAGGAAAAGAGACCUGAUACAGAAGAGGGCCCCAGCCACUUUGGAUUUUCUGAAGAUGCGAGACAUGUUUUGCAGGAGUUAUUUGCUCAUUAUCCUCCUGAUGAUGCCGAAUUAAAUGGUGAUGCCUUCAGGAAUUCUAAUAAUAAGGGUGCAAACUUUAGACGCAAAGAUAGUGCAUUCUGCAAACCAACAAUGCGCAAACCUGACAUAGCAAAGAAGGUUGAGAUGUUUACUGCUAAAAUGAAUGGAUCCCCACAAUUGAUGAAGAUCCAAACUUUCUAUUUCAUCCUUCAAGGAUGUCAUAUCUUCAACUUUGGAAAAUCACCAGGUUUUGUUUUUGUCCCGAAUUUUGUUACAUUUCAAUGCAAUAUUCUAAAAAGGAUCAUAUGUGGGGGAAAGGUGAAUCAUGUAAAAUCAUAUGCACUCAACCAUGUCGAAUAUCAGCUAUUUCAGUUGCUGAGCGAAUCUCCGCUGAAAGAGGACAGCCUGUUGGUGACACAGUUGGAUAUAAGUGUCCACUUUUCCAUCGAAUCAAGAGAAGAUAGUGAGCUAAAACCAAGAGAAGAUAGUGAGCUGCUUAAUAACUUGGCAGCUAAGAAUCCCGAGCACAUUCAGCCUGUGCUAAUAGAGCGUUUGCAUGGAAAAAUUUGUGCGGAUACCAGUGAAGGAGCUAUCUUGGUAUUUCUUCCUGGUUGGGAAGAUAUAAUUCGAUUAAGGGAAAGUCUUCCUGGAUUUAGAAAGAGAGUGCAAAGCAACGUGAAGGGCGUGCUGGUCAUUGUCAGCCAGGGACUUGUUAUCAUCUUUACUCAAGAAUUAGGAGAAAAGAUGGGUUCCCGUCCCCUCCAUCUAUCAGCAACCAAGAUGCUUUUGUUUGCUGUAGUGAUGAAUUUCCUGGAUCCAGCAUUGACAUUGGCAUGUGUCGCAGGUUAUAGAGAUCCAUUCCUUGUUCCAAUAGAGCCAGAUAAGAGAAAAGGAGUUGCCACAGCCAAAGUUGAACUUGCCUCAGUGUAUGGUGGGUUCAGUGAUCAGCUUGCUGUUGUGGUGGCAUUUGACUGUUGGAGACGUGGGCCUAGAAUCUGA